UGGAUUCUGUGCUUCCGUUUUGUACCAUUUUUUUUUGUUUUUUAAUAGCGACCAUCCUGCAAAUGACAGAUGUCAAUUUAGUGUGACAUUUCUCCAAGUGACGUGCGACGUGAUUGAUGUUUAUUAAUUAUUUUUACUAUCUUUUCAUCUUUUGUGAUAAAAAUGGUGUUUUCAUAUAGUUUGAUCGUUUGAUUAUACACCGUUACUGUGAAAACCAAAAUGGAUACCCAAGAUCAACCAAACUCCAUAUGUCACGUCCAGUCCAUUCACAUGUACCCACUGCAGCCAUCCAAUGUAAAAGAUGUCCCGUUCGGUCUACUAUCCGGCGAGACGGUCCUUCAUUCCGGAGACUCUGUAGACGGCGUGGUGGUGGUCACUACUUACCGCCUCUAUUUGCUGUACAGGAACAGGCCGUACAAUAUUCCGAUUUCUCUUAUUGAGUUCGUCGAGAUCAGGGAACUGUUUAAUUUGCACAUUGGGUGCAAGGAUGCCAGAACGUACCGCUGCACAUUUGAGAAUAACGAAAAAUGCCAGAUUUGGUACGACCGCAUCCUCAAGGCUGCAGAUCCGCCACGUCAGUUGGAGCAACUAUUCGCAUUUUACCAUUGCAUAUGGUCCAAAGAAAAAGGCGGCGAGGAAGUCAUCAUGCGCUUAGAAAACCAACGCCAGUACACUUUUGAUAGAAGACUGUUCGAAAAUGAGAUGUGCCGCCUUGGAUUCCAAGGCCAUUCUUGGAGAAUUUCCAAAGUCAAUGAAAAUUAUAAAUUUUGUCCUACUUACCCGCCCUAUCUCCUCGUCCCAUCCUGUAUAAAUGAUGACAUGUUGGAGAGCGUGGCUAAGUUUCGCAGUUCAAGAAGAAUACCCGCCGUGGUGUGGAGACAUUCUAGAAAUGGGGCUGUCAUAGUCCGAUCCAGCCAACCGGAGGUCGGUUGGCUAGGCUGGAGGUCGGCGGAAGACGAAGAUCUCAUAAAGGCUAUAUCAGAGGCCUGCAAUUUCGAUCGUUCAUUCAAGCAUUUCGAAAAAGUCGACAAAGUUGACAAAGACUCCUCCAACUUAUCCUGUUCUCCUGGUUCCUACCACUCAGACGAAUCUUUGCAAAUCACGAACAACGUCAUUGGGUCCGAGAAGAAGUUUUUAAUUAUGGAUGCUAGAUCCUAUACGACAGCGGUGGCCAAUAGGGCCAGAGGUGGAGGUUGUGAAUGUCCUGAGUAUUAUCCUAACUGCGAAAUUCAAUUUAUGAAUCUUGCCAAUAUACAUUCCAUCCGAAAGAGUUUUCAUGCCUUAAGACAACUUUGCUCUUAUCCAGGUGGAGAUCAACCCAACUGGUAUAGCCAAUUGGAAGGGACCCGUUGGUUAUCUCACAUGUCUGGCCUUAUGAAAGCCGCAGUGACUCUGGUGGCAGCGGUAGAAAGAGACGCAAGACCCGUUUUGGUACAUUGUUCGGACGGUUGGGACAGAACGCCACAAAUCGUGGCACUAGCAGAGAUCAUGCUAGAUCCAUACUAUCGCACUAUGGAUGGUUUUCGCAUUUUAAUUGAAAGAGAAUGGCUGGCUUUCGGUCACAAGUUUGCCGAUAGAUGCGGUCACUCGUCAGGUAGCGACGAUCAGAACGAACGGUGUCCAGUGUUCUUGCAGUGGUUGGAUUGCGUACACCAGCUUCAAGUACAAUUCCCGUGCGCCUUCGAGUUCUCCGAACUCUACUUGGUUAAAUUAGUUCAACAUGUGUAUUCAAAUUUGUUUGGAACGUUUUUGUGUAACACGCAGCGGGAGCGUUCGAAGAUCGUUUACGGGAAGACAUUUUCUAUUUGGGAUUUCUUGAAUUCGCCUUGUUUCAGAAACAAUUUAUAUUCGGCCAGUGCGAACAUAUUCAAUAGAAGGGUUCUAUGGCCGCAGUGCAACAUCAGAGACUUGUGCUUAUGGAACGAUCUGUAUUUGGGUUCCAUCGAGGAGGAAUACAGCAUUGAGGAGUGCUCGAACUUUUAUCCGGAAACGCGCGAAUCUUCGCCGAGUUAUAUGACGAAAACGAGAUCGUACGGGGAUUUGAUUAACGAUGGCGAAAAUUGCGCAUAUCACUACAGGCGGUCCAGCGAUCCUAGUAUCAAAUGUGAUCCGAAACUGGCAGCUCUGAUCGCCAACAACCCGAAUCUAAACGUUCACACGGACCACCUGAACUCCAACCAACAGAACUUCCUCGCCAACUACUUGGACGAAGGAGAUUGCAACCAGGACUGCAUGUUCAAUGGUGACACCAACGGCGACUCAAGCAGCACCACCAUCGACCAAAUGGCCGAACUGGAAUCUACAGACUUUGGGGAUCCCCUGCCCCUGUCGACGAAAAUGUGUCGGGAUUCUCCGACGGUGGAAUCAAAAUCUAAAGACUACAGUGGCGUGCUGGCGAGCGAGAUCGCCAAAUUGUCUGUUACUAGCGACGCGAACGUGGAGUUUUUUCGCGAAAAUAAAGAAAAGACUGUCGGAAUGGGUGAUAUAAAUCAUAAUAGCGGAGGGGAUGACGAGACUUCUUGUUUAAGUGAUAAGGAAAAAGACAUUUCAGAGAGUGAUAAUUCGAGUGCGUUGGCUACUGCGGACGUUGUGGAGACUUUUUUAGAUAUGGAGAGGUCGAAUGAGACCAGUACUGAGACGCUUGUUGGGGAAGAAAGCAUUUGUCCUAAUCGGUGUAACGGCAACGUCAACACCACCCAAGAUAGAGACAGUUCGAAAUAUUCGAAUUCUCCACAUCUGACGACGACCAGUAAUGGCUGGGACAAUUCCUUGCACAAUUUGACGCAGCAACAGAACAUUUAUACCUACCAGAAUCCCCUAGGCGAGGACGGCUUGGUUAUCCUCAGGUCUGUUGUACAAGAAAGGCUGAAUCAAAUUAUCGAAGAAAAUAAUAGAAAAAUUGAGAUGCUUGAAAAAGAGUUGCACAUAACCAGGCAAAAUCUGAUCAAGCAAUCGCGCCUCAGAUGCAACCAUAUUGACUGUGAUCGACAAGAUGAUAAUAAUUCCGUGGUUGAAUCAACCUGUAGUACUAGUGAAGGACAAGCCUCGGCGGCCGGUGAAUCGUUGCGUUCCGAUCUGUCGUGGGUGGCGGUCGAGGAGGGAUUGACCACAGAUUGUCAUCGGACUUUAUGGGUACCUGAUCACGCCGUAAGUAGAUGUACCGGAUGCAGCACCGAGUUCUGGCUCGGAAGAAGGCGGCACCAUUGCAGAAAAUGCGGCAGAAUCUUCUGCGCGGACUGCUCAGAGAACAGCACGCCCUUACCCUCGGAGCACCUCUACAACCCCGUUCGAGUGUGUACGAACUGUUAUACGGAACUGCAAAUGGAUUGUUCAGAAAUUCCGAAUCAAUGCAAGCAUACUAACCCCCAACCUACAAAUGCAAAUACCCAAAUUGCAGCUUCAAGUAACUAAAAACAAAAAAAAAACGUAAUGUUUAUUAUUUAUUAAAUUUUAUUAUACCGUUGUUUGCGGCGAUCUGAAAGGGAGAGUACAAAAAAAUAUGCAAUUUCAAAUGGAUUUUUAAUGGUAUUUAUUUUUUUACUAAACAAAAGUUUAAUAUUUGAGGUUUUCUAUGAGCAAAAGUUGAUGUGCUGUUGCGCCACCAUGUCAAGAAAGUCACAUGACAUCUGUCAUAAAUGUCAUAUGUCUAAAUUCUCAGUUGUCAUUUGUCAUAGGUAACUAGAUUGAGACCUCGUUUACAGAGGACGUGUUACUUAAGGACUUUUAGAAUUUUUAACUGUUGUAAUCGAUUUUAUAUAAAACUAUGGUAUGGACAGAAUCUUUUUUUUUUUUUUCAAUGCUAUAUUUUUAAAUAAUUUAAAUCUUUUUACCACAAAAAUCUAUAAUUUUUUUGAUGGUAAAAAUGCUUGCUAAUGAGUAUAUCUUUAAGAAAUUGCUUGCUGCUAGUUCUACCAAAUUUUCUUCCUUAAAAAACCAGAUAGUGACAGAAUAUCGUUGAACAAAGUCCUAACAUAUUUGCAAGUGUAAAAACUUCGCAAAGGUAUUAAGACAUUGUCAAAAUAAAAAAAAUGCAAGCAGAUAAGUUAAAAAAUUUAAAACUUCUUAGUGUAACACCUUGUAUUUGUAUUGCUACUUAAUAAUUACCAUUUGUAUUUUUUACAUACACUGCCGAUUAGAGCAUACUAUAAAUAAUUAAAUUUCUAUUUCUAAGGUAUAAAACGAUAAAUUGACAAUUGACACUGUUGGCAUAUGACAAAUAACAUUAUUCACGUUUUUCUAAUGUUUUAAACUGUCUACGAUUUUACUAAAAAAAAAUUAGAAACAAAAAAAUUAACAAGGAAAUUGCAAAUACUUUUUUUUAAAUAAAUUAUUCAUGUUUUGUAUUGUUUAUUAAUUUAUGUAUAUAUAUUUUUUAAAUUAGUGUUUUUUUAGCUGUCAUUUUUUACUUGCGUUCAGAAAUGUGCGUUCAAUAUUAAUAUAUAACAACAAGUUUGUAUUUUUUCUAAGUUAUCGAAAUGAAAACUUACAACCAAAGUUGAAAUUGUCCAUAAUUUUUUUUGUAUGGCAUUUGUUGUCACAUAUAAUUCCUUUGAGGUCAUCGCACAGAGUUUUGUAUAAAAUUUCGAUACAUUGAGAGAUUUGUAAAAAAAAGGGAUUAAGAAUAAGUGACUAGUGUUUUUUUAAUUUGACACUACAAAAUUGCUGUUACAUUGUCCAAGAGUAUAUUAUAAAUUUGUCAUUAGGUAUAUUAAAGAUAUUUAGUGAAUAAAACUUAUUUUAAAUUUAA